AACUUCAGGGAUUCCUUCCACGACAGAAAAACAUACAAGACUCCUUCAGCCAACAUGAUGGUACUGAAAGUAGAGGAACUGGUCACUGGGAAGAAGAAUGGCAAUGGGGAGACAGGGGAAUUCCUUCCUGAGGAUUUCAGAGAUGGAGAGUAUGAAGCUGCUGUUACUUUAGAGAAGCAGGAGGAUCUGAAGACACUUCCAGCCCACCCUGUGACCUUGGGGGAGCAACAGUGGAAAAGCGAGAAACAACGAGAGGCAGAGCUUAAAAAGAAAAAACUAGAACAAAGAUCAAAGCUUGAAAAUUUAGAAGACCUUGAAAUAAUCAUUCAACUGAAGAAAAGGAAAAAAUACAGGAAAACUAAAGUUCCAGUUGUAAAGGAACCAGAACCUGAAAUCAUUACAGAACCUGUGGAUGUGCCUACAUUUCUGAAGGCUGCUCUGGAGAAUAAACUGCCAGUAGUAGAAAAAUUCUUGUCAGACAAGAACAACCCAGAUGUUUGUGAUGAGUAUAAACGGACAGCUCUUCAUAGAGCAUGCUUGGAAGGACAUUUGGCAAUUGUGGAGAAGUUAAUGGAAGCUGGAGCCCAGAUCGAAUUCCGUGAUAUGCUUGAAUCCACAGCCAUCCACUGGGCAAGCCGUGGAGGAAACCUGGAUGUUUUAAAAUUGUUGCUGAACAAAGGAGCAAAAAUUAGCGCCCGAGAUAAGUUGCUCAGCACAGCGCUGCAUGUGGCGGUGAGGACUGGCCACUAUGAGUGCGCGGAGCAUCUUAUCGCCUGUGAGGCAGACCUCAACGCCAAAGACAGAGAAGGAGAUACCCCGUUGCAUGAUGCAGUGAGACUGAACCGCUAUAAGAUGAUCCGACUCCUGAUUAUGUAUGGCGCGGAUCUCAACAUCAAGAACUGUGCUGGGAAGACGCCGAUGGAUCUGGUGCUACACUGGCAGAAUGGAACCAAAGCAAUAUUCGACAGCCUCAAAGAGAACUCCUACAAGACCUCUCGCAUAGCUACUUUCUGAGGCAAACAUUUUGAAGGCAUGGCCCAAGAGAAGAGACACUAGCCAUAAAAUCUAGUUUCUAUUUAUCAACAUGUUGUGAAGAUGUACCUAAUGAAGUUUUGAGAAAGCACAGGCUUAUAGGUGUUAAAAUUUCCUUUAGUGAAACUCUAUUUUUAUGUAUUUCUGUUUAUUUAUUUACUGCCACACUACUGAUAUUCAGACCUUCAUGAUCAUCCAUUUGGUGAGCAGAGCUUCAUUUGUAUAUAACACUUUCAGAGCCUUCCCACUCAUAGGUAGUUCUUAAACCAGGUGAAAGAGCAAAGUUCAAGUGCCUAAUGAGUCAUUCGCUCAUGUAAGAGUUUUUAAGAGAGGGCUGAUUAUCGCAGCCCUCUUCUCCUGAAUUUUUAAUGCAGAAGUUUGAAUGAAGCAAGGGAAGGCAUGUAGGGACAGGAAAGGAAACAAUGGAAGGAAAGUGAUUCUGUGAAAAGGACAGUGAAGCCAGCUAUUUUACCCCCAGGCUGGAUUUUUUUUUUUUUUUUUUUUUUUUUUUUUUUUUUUUUUUUUUUUACCGAGUACACAGAGUACCCAGGUGAAGAGAACGUCAUGAGUGUAAGUGCAAGUCAGUGGAAGCGGCGGCAAACUGGGACAUGCAGAAUUGAAUUUGCUCAAAAAAGAUGAAAGGAAAUGCAAACUGUAAAUGUAUAAAUGUAUAUUGUAUUGUACGUACAUUUUAUAUUCAUAAUAAAGGCAAUGAAACUCU